UCCCUCCCACCCCCCACCCGCCGCGCCGCCGCUCGCCGGAGCACCGCCUCGCCGAAUCCAUAGAGUCCUGAAUGGCUGCCGGGAGGGGCCUCAGCCAGCUUCUGAGGAAAACUCUUCAUAGCCAGUCGUCUGGCUCAUCUGUGCUCUCCUCGUUCCGGGCAAAGAAUGAAGAGUCUUCUGCUGGACUAAGAGCAUUGGCUCUUCUUGGAGUUGGUGCUUCUGGUCUCUUAAGUUUUGGUACGAUAGCAUCUGCUGAUGAAGCUGAGCAUGGUUUGGCAGCGGCAGACUACCCCUGGCCGCAUGAGGGCAUUCUUAGCUCUUACGAUCACGCAUCAAUCCGGCGUGGACACCAAGUUUACCAGCAAGUGUGCGCAUCUUGCCACUCCAUGUCAUUGAUUUCAUACCGUGAUUUGGUUGGGGUCGCCUAUACUGAAGAGGAAACCAAGGCAAUGGCUGCUGAAAUUGAAGUGGUUGAUGGUCCUAAUGAUGAGGGUGAAAUGUUCACACGUCCCGGCAAGCUCAGUGAUCGCUUCCCGCAGCCUUAUCCAAAUGAACAGGCAGCCCGAUUUGCAAAUGGUGGAGCAUAUCCUCCGGACCUCAGUCUUAUCACAAAGGCAAGGCACAAUGGCCAGAACUACGUGUUUGCUCUUCUUACUGGUUACCAUGACCCACCUGCUGGUGUUCAGAUCCGUGAGGGUCUGCAUUACAAUCCCUACUUCCCUGGUGGUGCCAUAGCCAUGCCUAAGAUGCUUAUGGAUGGAGCUGUUGAGUACGAAGAUGGUACCCCUGCAACUGAAGCCCAGAUGGGCAAGGAUGUUGUGUCGUUCUUGUCGUGGGCAGCUGAGCCUGAAAUGGAAGAGAGGAAACUGAUGGGCGUCAAAUGGAUAUUCCUUCUGUCACUUGCACUUCUCCAAGCCGCAUACUACCGUCGCAUGAGGUGGUCGGUCCUCAAGUCCCGCAAGCUGGUCCUGGAUGUCGUCAACUGAUGACCAUUAUUUCUUCUUUUUAUUACAACGUCGAGUCUUUAAGCAGAAGCGAUCGAAAUAAUGACUUUCUGUUGUACAUUUUGCCACUUGGGUUGUCUCCCAAUAUCCCCUGCGUAGAAUUUCUUCUGUUUUCUUCCUCUGCUGCGAAAGCAUUUCUCCAAGGGAGCAGUUAUUUUGAAAUAUUUUUUGUCUGUUGAUACCUGAGUGGUACCAGCAUACUUCUAACAGAUGAGAUGAUGAAGAUCAUAAAUCCUUUAUUAUAUUCUGGAA